GCUCGGCGGACGCGCCCGUUCUUUCUGCCGCGCCACCACACUCGAAACUAACUCGAUCGAUAACAGAAAAACCACCAAAACUCGAAACGUCCACAACACGACAUCGACACGCAAAAACUACCCCCACUCAGCCAACCAAUCAUCCCAUCGCCAUCGAUUACAUUGCACGGCACACCGGCAUCAACAAUGUAGCCAUAGUGACGCUCAUGUUGACAAUUUGACAGUUCAUGUGAAACCGUUAUUUUAAUAAACAUGUUUAACACACGUUGAGUGUUAUUGUUGUUGUUUGUACUUUGUUAGCGACAAUAAUUCUGUUGAUUGGCUGAUUUUUAUACAACAGUAGCUAUGGGGAAUGGAAUGAAUAAGGUGCUCCCGGGGUUGUACGUGGGGAACUACCGGGACUCCAAGGACCCGGUCCAGCUCGACAAAUACAAAAUCACGCACAUUCUGUCCAUACACGACGCGGCUAGAAGACUGCACUCUGACAAACACUACCUCUGCAUAAUGGCUUCAGAUUCGCCGGAUCAGAACCUGACCCAGUACUUCAGUCUAUGCAACGACUUCAUACACGCGGCCCGGCUGCGAGAUGGGAACGUGCUUAUUCACUGCUUGGCGGGCAUGUCCCGCAGCGUGACGGUGGCGGUGGCGUACAUCAUGUCAGUCACAACGCUGACAUGGCGGGAGGCGCUGAAGGUGGUGAGGGCAGGACGAGCGGUCGCCAACCCCAACCUUGGGUUCCAGAGACAGCUGCAGGAAUUUGAGACUUAUAAACUGGUUGAGGAACGAAGAAGACUAAAAGAGAGGUAUCCAUCGCUGGCGCUAGCCGACCGAGACCUCUCCGAGUGCCGAGUGAUGCUGGACUCUUACCAAACCAUGCUGAGCGAAAGAACCAUAUGCGAGGGAAAGUGCGCCAUGGGCCGACAAUGUCCUACCGGAGUGUGCAGAACAGGGUCGAAGCGUCAGCCUCGAGCUCGCAAGCCAUCAAACGCGUCCACAGUGGGUGACGUCAGCGGUGGCCUCAAGAGAUCGCCGUCCACAUUGUCCACCACCUCCACUGCCUCAGGGUACAGGCCUCGGUCCUCGCCCGCCGGCCUCUACAGCUAUACUGGUGCUCCAUCUCGACCGUCCCGUUCUGCGUCUGGGCUAAGCGUGACCCGGGUGACGGACCCGAUCGGCGGCGGCACAGCAAUGGCCGUCGGCGGCACGGAGUACUCCCGGCGGCGCGCCGCCUCUGCGCCGGCCACGCCGGCUUUAUCACCCGCCUCCUCGCCACCUGGGUCACCGCAUAGAGGACCACACAAUAGAGGCGGGUGCGCGUGGGUAAUCCCGACAGUGGAGUGGCACCCCGACUCCCUGUAAUCUGCGCUGCCAUAAUCGCCACUUCACCCCAGAUCCCGCCCAGUCCAGAGGUGUUCGUAGCAGAGAUCCCUCCGGCAGGCGCCCGCCCGCCCAGACUCGCCUCGGCACCACGUGACCACAUAGCACGUAGCUACAGCUGUUGCUACGAAGAAAUCUUGACUAUUACCCCCGCUAGGUGGCGGCACUGUGAGCGGUCCAAGGAGUAAGCCUGGAUGACGCGCGUCAGAUUGAAAGUGACUUGUUCGUUACCAGAUGGAUGGAUGAUAUGGGAAAGUCAUAACAUAUGC